GUGUGUGAAGCACAGCUUGAAGAUGGUGUGCCGCAGGAUCGAAUGAUAUAUAGUGAAUAAGCUACGAGAAUACAAUCGAGCAACCACAAAGCGGAUGAUACGAUAUUGGUCGAUAGCCGGAAGUUGUAUCAAUGGCAAACCAGAUAUAUGCUCUCCCACAAGCAUGUCCGCCAUCAACUGCACCAAUAUCGCAACCGAGAGUUAGACGCUCUCGUGCGAGUAAACCAAAGGUCAAGACUGGUUGUUUGACUUGCAAAUCACGAAGAGUCAAAUGCGAUGAAGCAAAACCAGGCUGUAUGCGAUGUGUACGAUUUGGACAUAAAUGCGAAGGUUACGCUUAUCUCCAGAGAUCCAGUGUGAAGCCCACUGUUGUAACCAACAUUGCGCCACGAACGCUGAUACCAAGAACUGGAUAUCUGCCCAUCAGUCCCGCUACCUCCCCCACUUCUGUGGCUUCCACGACUUCUUCAAUCUUAUCACGGCCAGAAUCUUCCGUUUCUUCACCCUCGACAUGGAGUGAUCAAGGUGCUGAAGCAUGUUUUCGAAACUUCGUAAGAGAGAUUACGGGGAGUUCAGGUCAAUUUGAAGUUUGGUGGGGUCUCAUAUUCUCUGGAUGUCAAUCCUCGUCGCUCAUUUUCGAUGCUGUACACAUGAUUGGAUCUCUCGAUUUGCGACCGAAGAAUCGGGGAGUUCAUAUAGGAACCUUUAGACACAUGGCUACUUAUCACGAAUAUUGCAAUACGAAAUGCUUGACUAACAAGAGAACAGUGCCAUUCUCUGAGGGCCUAGGAAUAGGUGCAGUAAUUAUUGAUAUCGAUGUGGAAAGUAGAACAACACUCAUUACCCAUCUACUUUCUAAUAUGAUGGCUAGCGGCAACGAGGUUGUCAGUCAUGAAAGAGUCUCGACUAUGUACUUAGGACUAAGAGCACUUCGUGAAUGGGUAGUCAGGACAUAUAUUCCCCAAGGCGGCCGUCUCGGAUCGAUGUCGGAAACUGCUUGUUUGAAAUGUUUCAGUCGCUUGGAAUCAAAAAUCUUACGAUACGCGGAUGCAAAACCAGAAAAUGAAAGAAGGACAAGUCUAGGAGAACCAGAUAUUGAAAUGAUGCCGGGCCGGUUUUCCAAUCUCACAGAGGCGAAGAAUGAUUUGGAAAGGGUUAUGGUGAAAAGCAUGGAGUGGUUGGCUUCGACUCUUAAGCGACAUGAUUUUUCGGCAUAUCAUAGUGAUAAGGAAAGCGAUUCUCGCAACGAUGGAUCAUUCUUCGAUAUUGAUCCUAAAUUUGAGGAGGAGAAAAGAACGUUAAGGGAAUACGAACGCUGGAAUCGAUCUUUCUCGCCUCUUUUCGAAGAUCGGCAAAAACGAUGCCGAUCCAAUGAUAAAUUUCAUUGUGAGAAAGACUCGGAUUUGUUAAUGGCAUAUUUGUUAAGAAUGAAUUGGCUUUCCGGAUAUAUUCUCAUUGCCUCAUCUAAUCAUCUCAAAAAUCUUGACGUUGUCGAGGGAAGAUUUUCAGCACAAUUACAGGAGCUAAAAGAAAUUGCUAAAAUAUUACGCUCAACCCCAAGCUGGAGGAAAACUCUAGAGGAAAACGGAGACUUCGAACUCGCGACUGUGAUUCCAUCGAUGGUUGUAGGGUGGGAAAUCCGAGAUAGAGAUUUGAGAAGAAUUGCAGUGUCGAUGUUGUUGAAGGGGGGAAAGCAUGACUACUUGAGUGGGAGGGAAGUCAGAGGAUUUUCUGGGGCGGUGGGGAAGGUUAUGGAGAAAUUGGUGGAGAUAGAAGAGGAUGGGCCGGAGGUGGAUAGAGUGUUAGAGGGGGGUGCAUCGUUGGCUGAGGAGACUAAUAAGUGUAGGAAUAUUGAAAUGGGAUGGGAUGCAGCGGCGAGAGUGGCGUUUAUGAGGUGUUGCAAGGGGAAUCCGAGGGGAUUGGGACUACCGGGAUUUGACGGAAGGAGAGAGAUUGUUGUUCAGUGUUAAUUUGGAUAAGUUGGAAGAUUGAGAUUAAAGUAGAAGUUUCGAAUUUUAUAAUGGGAUGGGAUAGGAUGGGAUGGGAUAGGCGUCAAAUAUCAUGGGAAAGGGGUGUUGUGUAUGAUUUAUCACGAGGAUUCACUUCAAUACUCUAUAGGUAGAUUAUCAGCCA